CACCAAGUACUCGUCAACGCCAAUCUACCCGCUACAUCGCUCCUCGCCUCGGACUGCUUGCGCCUGCCGGAGCCCAUUGCCUCGACUCCGCUCAAUUGCGGACACUUCUUACCAGUCUCCUCGGCGGAUUUCGCGCACGCUGUCAACAUGGCGGCACCGGCUCAUCGCAAGUUCACCGGCGUCGUUGUCUCCGCUGGCAAGAUGGAGAAAGCGGUCAAGGUUCGCUUGGCAGGCCAGGAAUGGGACAAGCACAUCCGGAAGUACUUCCCUGCGCCAUACACCGUUCUCGUCUCGGACCCCAACAACUCUCUCAGAGAGGGCGACGUUAUCAACCUGCGCAGCGGUUACCGCGCCUCCAAGACCGUCCGCCACGUCGUAACUUCCUUUAUCGCACCUUUCGGAUCCGGAAUUUCGGAGAGACCACCGCUACCAACGGAGGAAGAACUGGCGCAGAAGUUGCUGCAAAAGCGCUACGAGAAGGACUUUAGGCAAGCCUCAAGAGGCCGCGAGGCCGCAUACAGACGGAUAAAGACGGCAGCGCUGCAAGAGAGCCAGAUAUUGUACAAGCUGGGACAGAUCCAGGGGCUCGAAAGUAUGGAAGAUGCCGAAAGCCUGGGCUAUCUGCAGGCUCAGCUGGAGAAGCUUAAGAUGAUGCGGCGGGAGGGUGUCCAGGUUGGCGAGGCAGGCCCCCCUGGUGGAGAAGAGUCGCUCGGUUCCGUUGAUGCGAGAGCGAGAUAUAGCGCGGCCAAGGCUGCUAGGUUCACGAAAAAGGCUUUGGAGAACGAGGAAGACUUGGAAAAGGCACAGGGCAAGGGAGCCUCUAUUGCUGAGGAGGUCGCGAGGGGUGCCAAGGCCAUAUGAGCUAGCCGCAGCUAAUACGGGUUUGUCUCCAUCCUUUUAUUGUUCUGCAAUGGAACAAGACGUAUUCUGGAGCUACAAGAGUUGGAUGAAGGAAUCACUUGAAGCAUUGACCCCGCUUGGGCAGGUUUCUGUAACAUAUUUGCUUCACACGGGACGCUGAGCGAUUGUCCCACAAUCAAAAAAUUGCCAACAGUCAAUCCACAAGCAUGCCGGAUGGUUGCAGCGGGGUUUGGCAAACUGUUGGAGACAACGGGGCAUGCGGGGGCACGGCGAUUUUCAAAGGAGAACCGGAACGUGAUCCGUGCUAUGUAGAUUUCAUUGUAGUUAUGCACGAUGACACGGC